UUUUUUCAAAAAUAUUUUAUUUUCGACUGACUGUAUUUUUGUAUGGCUUGCCUAUUGUUGUUGUUGUUUUUGGUGGUUUGUUGGUUCUUCUUGAUGGCUGGCUGCUGGUGCCACCGUCGCCCAGUGCAAUCCAAGAACUCUUAUGGGGGGCACGAGACAAAAAAUGGGGUACUUCAAACGACGAUACAGUGGUUGAAGUGGAGUUUUUCAUUUUUUUUUAAAUAUGGUUCGCGAUAAAAUUUGAUUUUCAGUUGUUUUCAUUUUUCAAAAAGUUUUGAUAAAUCGUUAUAUUUAUUUGGCAAAAAAUAUAAAACUCAUAAUUCGAAAUAAAAUCGGUUCGGUAUAAAAAUACAUAUAAAAGAUAUUCAACCUAACCAAGUCAAUCAACGAAAACAGAACUAAUUUAAACAAAAAAAAAUAAAUAAUUACCUAAGGUCAUAACAAAUUAAUAUAAAUAUCCAUAUAUAUAUAUGCAUGUGCACACAUGUACAUAUAAAUAUAUGUAUGUAUAUUAUGUGCCCGCUUAAAAAGUGAUAAAAGUGUCAAUAAAAUUUAUCAUUAAGAAAUAUAAAGAGAACGAUUUUUUAAAACUAAAACGUUCUUUUUUAAAAAUUGUUUCUGUGCAAAAAAUAUCGAUUACCAAAAAAAUAAAGGAAUAAGAAAUAAAAUAAUUUAUUUUAUGUAACGCAAGAUUUUCUUCAAAUAAAAAAUAAAUAAAAAACUAAUACAUUAAAUAAUGGAAGGACGUAAACCUCAAGCGAGAAGACUUUUACUGAAAAAGCGUACAGGACCACUGUUUUCUGAAGAAAUUUUAAAAGAAUUGAAUACAAAACCAACGGCGACGCCGGUACCCACAACACCAGCACCACCUUCAACAUAUCUACCACAACAGCAAUCGAAUAUACACAGCCGCAGAAUUCCGUCGGUAAAGGAUAAAAAGGACAAAAAACGUGAAAGAUGGCUACUCACACGAAAAACUUGGAAAUACAUGGCCGAUGCGGGUCGAAAACUUAUUCCAGAUGGCGCUCAAAAUCGUUCCGAAGACAUUCAAAAAUGCGAACGGCAUUUUCACAACUUGUGCGCCAAUGAGCCGAAAUUCAUAUUGUGGCGUCGCAAGGCUUCAUACCCAGGGGCAAUUGGAGCUUCGAGAAAUUCAAAGAGGCGAUUAAAGCUUCUGCUGUCACACAGUCACAAAGGCAUUGGCAGCUUCAAUUAUGAAACUGAAGAAUCUCGAAAUGCUGAUCAGAUAAUCGAUCUGUUGUCUAGCUAUUUGAAGCUUGAUGAAUCGAUUAAAAUUACAACUCUGCUGGGUUCUAAGACAGUCCGGCCAGAUCAGACAUCAUCACCCUCAGCUCAGCGACCUGGUGGAGGGAACGCGAACCGUGGUGGAUUCGGCUCGAAAUCGAUGGCAAUGUCAUCGCGUGGCCCUGGAUUUUUGCCGCCUAUCGCUCAGCCUCCCAAAGGUAUAAAUGCUCUCUCGGAGAUCGAUCAGCUGCUCGAACGGCUGCGAACGCUGAGCCGUAGCUCCACCUGCCGCACUAUUAUCCCUCUAGAAAGAAUCACUCCAGAAAUUCUUGAAGAUAAAGCUCUGCUUAAGCAAAUCUAUAACGAGCUUAAAAAACAGCAGCUUCAUAGAAUAAUUGGUAAACAUUCCAGCAGUACCGGUCCAAGAGCGAGCCUCCCUCACGCUUCCUCACUGUCCAGUCUUUGGCACUUUCGACGUGACGGCAGCAUGAAAGGUUCCUUCUCGGGUAAGCCUAAUUUCCUUCCGCAGUUUGGGCUUAAGUCACAGCCACAAUCCCAAUCCACCUCAUCCGCACCACUUUCUCCUGGCCACGAAUCUAACAAGCGUAUUCCCCCCUCGUCCUUGGACCUCCCUGCACCACUGACAUCCACCUUGCAAUUUCAAGCUCCUAUAGCCUCGUCAGUAAAAAAGACCCCACGAAUGAAUGUCACUUACGCUACCAGCGGCACUCAAACUAAUUUCAUCCAACUUAACGAAAUUGAACGUCUGGCCAAAGACUACAAAGAAAUGAAACAAGAGGAGGCUGCUGCGAUGGCAGGUGCUGGUCAGCCGACUGAUGAAGAGAGCGACAAAAGUGCCACAGCCGGACAAGGUCACCGCCGUAAGAGCAGCAUCGACAACGAGGAUGUGUCACAGUCGGUCAGUGAUACAAUAAAACGUUACUUGCGAAUGGCGCGCAAGAAGAGCGUCCACGAUGACAACGCCAAUCGAUUCAAGCGAGUAAACUAUGAUCGCAAUUUACGCAACAUUCGGGCAAAGGGUGAAAUUAAUCCACCUGGUAUGGACGAAGGAUGUAACAAGGCAACCCAAACACUUGACGCUUGGUCUGUUAUCUCAUUGGAUUUUAUACGGGGCCAUGAGAAUAAUGGUGCACUUGAAGAAGCCCAUUUAGAAUGGCGCAAAAGUCUAGACCAGCGAAUACAACAAAAAGAAGAAUACGAAAAUAAUUUGAAACUACAACUUGAACGUGAUGAAGCAUCAAAUGCCACAAAAACUAAGAAAUGUCAAGUACAAACAAAUUCAUCGGCGUCAGCUCCAACAUCUCCAACAAACGCCUUCCAUGGACAUGUAGGUUCCGGCGUUGGUGCUACUGCUGCUCCGACAGCUUCAGGAAUCCUUCACUCAAGCACUCAGUUUUUAUCGAAUCUUUGGCAUGGAACAGGAGGACACCAUCAAGAUAGAUCUUCUGGUCAGGGUUAUGGAUAUCAUCCUCUGCCGGGAAGUAACACAAGUAGCAUCGGUUCAAUACUGUCGAUGGCAACCACUGCGUCUGGAAAUAGUUACAAUUCAAAAGGUGACAACAGUGCUAUGCAAAAGUCCAAAUCAUCUUCAAAUGUCGGACAAUUUGUUUCGAAGAAGAUUUUUAAGACGAGGUCUAAGAGUCAGACGAGGACAUCAUCACCUACAAAGGCCGAAUGGACACCACAGGGCAACUGCACAUGGACUUCGGAUAAUGGACGACAAGUUACGCUAACAAAUUCACACCUGCAAAAUUUGACCGAAGUUGAGGCAAAGAUACUUCAGCGAGUAGCCAUUGAAAAAAUAAAUCAACUUAAUAUUGGAGUCAGUGUUGCAAUUCCUUUAUAUAGUGAAAAUGCGGGAAAGGCUCAAAAACGGCGACCUCUGGCAAAGAAAAAAGCCAUGACAACCAGUUUUUUUGACAUUGGCCGGAAAGAAGACAAAGGAUCAAAUAUCAGUAUAUUCGGCAAUACCCUGGAAGACUGUGUGGCUCAUGAUCAAAAACGACGAGCCAAUCUUACAGCUGCAUCCGAUCGAGGCUCAAGAAACUCUAUAACGUCCUUAUUCCGAGGAAGUUCAAGCAAUAAAGUUCGAUCGUGUGAAAGCCUGCCAUCAUCAUCAUCGGCUAUUUAUAAUCUUCCCCAUUCCGAUAGCGAUGCAAGUAAUGUAGCAAGUACCAACAGUGGUAGUAAUAAUGAUAGAGCAAGUGGUAAUGGUAAUUUAGUUAAGACAACUUCAAUGCUGCUGUCACGUAGUCAAUGGGAUGUACGCCGUUCAAGUCAAGAUUACGAAGAAUCAGCCCCACCACCACCGAUGACUGAUGAAAGAACAAAUGGUGAACAGGCUGAAAGGCAAGUUCCAACAUUUGUUCAAGAAUGCAUCAAACAUUUGGAAAAAUAUGGCCUGCAUUCGGUUGGGAUAUUCCGUGUUAGUACGUCAAAAAAGCGAGUUAGGGAGAUGCGCGAAGAAUUCGAUCGCAGUUCAAGCACAUUCAUCAACCCAGAAACUUGUCCCCAUGACGUAGCAACAUUACUUAAGGAAUUCCUGCGAGACUUGCCUGAACCGCUUUUAUGUCGAAAUUUGUACAAAGCCUUUAUUAAAACUCAAAAAAUCCGGAAUAGACGCCUCCAACUGGAGGCUCUUUCGCAUUUAGUACAACUUCUUCCCACUGCUCAUCGUGAUACAUUAUUCGUCCUUCUAAGGUUCCUGGCUAAAGUUGCAUCGUGUUGUGAUGAUGUUUCGACUUCAGAUGGUAGUGUUAAUAUAGCUGGUAAUAAAAUGGAUAGUAAUAAUUUGGCAACAGUUUUUGCACCAAAUAUAUUAAGAUCCUCGUUGCCGGGUGAGGAAAACAACGAACAAGAAUCAAUGGGUGAUGUUAUAAAUGUGAUUAGAACAAUGAUUGAUCAUUAUGAAGAAUUAUUUAGAGUUCAAGCGGAAUUAAUGGAUGAAAUUUAUGCAAAUAUGAUCGAUACAUUUCCAGAGCAAUUGAAUUAUUUAUGUGAACGUCGUAAUGUUGCAGAAAGUUUCACAUUCGAUGAUAUUGACAGUGGGGGUUCCAAUACACCACUCAAUUCUCCACCACCGACGGGUGUUUUGAAAACUGGAGGUGAUGUUAUCCUCAGGCGAGCAGUACCAUCACAACAGCAACAACAAAAUCAAUUCAACAACGAUCCUCCACCUGAUGGCCGCAGUCAUAGUGAGUCAUUUAGUUCUGUUUCCCCUCGAGUUCCGCCAAUUCCAACAUCCCGGAGAAUUUAUACACGAGAUGAUGUAAUGCAUGGAAAUGCUGUUUCCAAAGGUGAUCCACCUCAAGAUGGAUCAAGGCGUCGCAGCUCAAAGUCGAAGUAUGCAGAAAGUGAUUCAUCUACACAACAACGUUUACUCAGUGGAAGUAGUAAUUCAUCGAUGAAAAAUAGAUUAGGGAGUUAUAGUGAUAGCUCAAAUACUCCCCUUUCUACAACAACUACCACGUCAGCCAAAUCCGAAUUUCAUUCCAUGCAGCAACAACAACAAAUUAUUUCUGCAGCUAUAACUCCAUCUGCAACAAUAUUAUCUUCAGAUAGACGUUUUUCAUCACCUUAUCUUCACGAUAAAACUCGUGUAGUGACGGCAAGUUUGAAAAUUCCAGUACAAAUCCAAGCAACGACAACAACGCCAAUCAAGACUUUAGGAAGCAAUAGCAGUAAUAGUGGAAGUGGUAGUGGGACCGGAAGUGGAGGUGGAGUAGCAGUAACACGUGAUGCAAAUGACGACGAUGAAGUAUUUUUUCGAGAAUCUGGACAAUUUGAUUUGUCAAAUAUUCCAUAUAUUGAAGAUUCGACCACUUAUGGUAACGAGCUUGGAAAUUGCAUUGAAGGUUUCCCAAUAACUGGAUCGAUAUCAUUCGGGGGAGGAGUAUCAGCGGCAUCAUCACAGGAUGGUUCUAAUGUUAAGGGUGGCAUGGCUCCUGCUAAAGUGUUUCAAAUUCCUAUUGCCUACAAAAACCAACACAUAAUUUCUUCAUUACCAGGAGAAAGUGGAGAUUCAACAACAUCUAAACAAACAUCAUUCCUAUCAUCGAAAACUACAGCUGCAAUACCAUCAUCAUCAUCAACCACUACGUCCAGACAAAAAGAGAAAAAAACUUCAACGUUAGGAACGAUUAGUACCAAUGUGCAACAAAAACUUGCAUCAUCCACAAAAGCCCUUCAUUUACAUACCACCACCGUUAGCGAUAGUAAAACUGGUGAAAUGGAGCAGAAAUUGCCCACAAGCAUAUCAAGCAUUGGAGGAGAUAUUCUCCGAUCUAAGACUGCUGAUUUCGAACGAAUGGCAACACCAUCAGCAACAACGACGACACAGUUUUCAUCAAUAUCAAAGACAAAAGACCGUCGAACGCGUAAUGUAACACCAGUACCUUCUGAAGGUAAUUUUUCGCCACGAGGAACGCUCUAUAAGAGACAAGAACUAAUAUCAAGUGCGAAAAGAAAAUAACAAUCAUAAACCGAUGUACAUAAAUUAAAUAAAUAUUUAUAUAUAAUAUAAAAUAAAAUUUGUAGUAAUUAAAUGAAAACAGAAAUUCAUAUUUUUUUAAAUUAAAUACAAAUUAAAUUGUA